AUGAAAGAAUUUGGUCCUGGGUCCCACAGAGCUGAUUCGAUCAGUCACUUUAUUCGCCAUAGACAAGGAGUUUACCACCGAAGUCCUAAAGACGAACCGUCUUUAAAAGUUGCACACGAGUACACGUUGGACAGAAAAAUUAAUGCCGAAGCGCGGAAAAUAGAUGAGGAAAACUUGCUCAAAAAGGAUUACUUAUUUAUAACCGAUUAUUCCAAUUACUUUGGAGUAAUGCUAUGUCCCGCAGAAGGAGAAUGGCUUCUCUGGAAUUUUUUCAAGCAACCAAAGCCAUCUCUCAAUAGCGUCAUCAAAUUCUACAACAAACUUCAUGAACUUGUUGUCUCUGCUCGUUUUCAUGCAUCUCGUUGCAAUGAAAAAUAUUUCACCGAAUAGAAGAUAAAUAACCAAA